AGGUAUGGUGCACCUCACACUCCCUCCUUUCAGGCGAGCCUGGAUCUUAGUGAGAGAGUGAUAGAGGAAGGCAAUCCUGUCUGUAUCCCCAGGCUGAGCACUCACACGCUGAGGGACGAUGAGGCUAGGCUGGGUUCGACAGCUAGCCCCUUUGCUGGCCAUGGCUGCUGGAAUACUCUACAUCACAUCCAUUAAGCGGGAGGUUCAUUCUCAUGGGGAGAGACUGCAGGGGGCCCAUCAGAAUGAAUCGGCCAGGGGCCAGGACAUUCUCAAGAGGCUGGAGAAGAUGGAGGCUCACAUCGAGAAGCUGGUGAAGACAAUCAACGACGGGAUCAGUCUGAAAGAGGGGCAGGCUGUGAAGGCUCCCGAGGUCAAGAAGGAGAGGAAGGUGGUGAAGAAGGUGUACCCCAACUCAGCUCUGUUUACAAGCUGGGGUGAUGAGCUCUCAGAGGAGGAGCAGAAAGAGGCAGAGGGGCUGUUUCAGAUGUAUGGAUACAACGCCUUCCUGAGUGACAGACUACCCCUGAACAGGGAAAUCCCUGAUACUCGCGAUCCUAAGUGUGCUAAGCACCAGUAUCCCCAUGACCUGCCCACCAUCAGCGUGGUGUUGAUCUACUUGGACGAGGCCCUGUCAAUCAUCAAGAGAGCCGUCCGCAGCAUCAUAGACAAGACCCCCCAACGCCUGCUCAAAGACAUUAUACUGGUGGAUGACCACAGCUCCAAUGACGAUCUAAAGGAGAAGUUGGAUGCCUACAUCAGCUUCAUCCAUGAAGAGCGUUCAGGCCUGGUGAAGAGAGUGAGACACUCAGAGCAGCUCGGUCUCACACAGGCCCGCCUCUCAGGGUGGAGGGAAGCUGAAGGAGAUGUGGUGGCCAUCUUGGAUGCCCACAUAGAGGUCCAUGUGGAAUGGGCGGAGCCUCUGUUAGCUCGGAUAAAGGAGGACCGCACGUUGGUGUUGACACCGGUGUUUGACAACGUCCAUUUCGAUGACUUGACAGUCACACGUUAUGGGCCUGCUGCAGAUGCCUUUGACUGGGCCCUGUGGUGUAUGUAUGAGUCCUUCAGACCUGAGUGGUAUGCCUUGAAAGACGAGUCACAGCCAGGAAAGAGCCCCUCCGUUAUGGGCAUAUUAGUGGUUGAUCGCCUGUUCUUUGGGGAAAUUGGUGCUCUGGAUGGUGGUAUGAAGAUCUAUGGAGGGGAAAAUGUUGAACUGGGUAUCCGGGUGUGGCUAUGUGGUGGAAGUGUCGAGGUCAUACCUUGUUCUAAAAUAGCCCACAUCGAGAGGGCCCAUAAACCCUAUCUCCCUGACCUGAGCAUUACAAUGAAGAGGAAUGCUCUGAGAGUGGCUGAGGUCUGGAUGGAUGACUACAAACAGAAUGUCAACAUUGCCUGGAACAUCCCACUGAAGGAUCACGGCAUAGACAUUGGAGAUGUUUCAGAGAGGAAGAAGUUGAGAAAGAGACUGAACUGCAAACCCUUCCAGUGGUAUCUGGAUAACGUGUAUCCCAUGUUAGACCCCCUGGGUGACUUGCUUGGUUAUGGAGCUCUGGUCAAUGACCAGAAGACGGAUCUCUGUAUAGAUCAAGGCCCAGUUCCGGGGAACACACCUAUUUUAUAUGGAUGCCAUUAUUUUGGUCCACAGAACUGUUAUUAUCGAGCCAGUGGGGAGAUCUACAUUGGGGGCAUCAAGUCUCACAAGUACAACAGUAAUCGCUGUCUGGUGGACACUGGCACUCGAUCCCCAGGACUGUAUGAGUGCAAGGUGGCCCAGCAGAAGGGAUUCCACAUGCUCUGGGACUUCCAACAGGGAAAAGCCAUCCAGAACAGACAGACAAAGAGAUGUCUGGAGAUUGCCCCAGGGGAGGACACCUACUACCAGCUCAUCCUUCAGGAGUGUAGUGGGCAGCACUGGAACAUACAGAAUCUGAUUAAAGACUUCUGAUACACAGAGAUAGUUAGGCCUACUGUACCAGAGACAAUACAGCAGGACUAUAGGAGUUAUGCUGCAAUCAUAAGCAAGUGGGAAGGUGGUAUUUACCACAUACGACUGGUAAAAGUCCACUUGUACGGCCCUCCAACUGGUAAUUAUUAGUGGGAAACUCGUCUAUCUUUCCUGAGGUCCGACUUCUCCCACAUGCUGACCUCUGACAUCACCUACUAACGAAAUUACCCUUUUAUCAUAAUUUUCAGCAGUUCAAUGCAACAACAAAACAUUAUUUACAAAAAGAUGUCCUUAAAUAUGUUUUUGAACACUAAUUUCUAUCUGAGUUUCUCAAUGAGUUCAAUGCAUGUGAAUGCAUUUACGACUUCACAACUGGUAAUUACCACCUUCCCACUUGUUAUGAACACAUCAUUAUCAAAUGCUUUGAAAAGCUGGUGGUCAGCAGUGGUCAGCAGUGAGAUGACUGUGUAAUCUUAGUGAUCUAUUGGUUUUACAUAAUUUCAUGGGGACAGAUGUACAGUUUCUUCACAGAAUGUGGAAUGCUAUUGAGCUGUGUUCUCCUUGGUCCUGAAUGUAAAUGCAAAGAAAUAAUCAAUAUUAUUCCUGUAUUUAUGCUAAUUUGUAGUUUCUUAUUGAUUUUCACCAAAGAAGGUCAAUGAAUAUUUGUCUGCAUUGACAUCAUAUAGAGCUGAAUUGACAUCAGUGUAGUUUUGAUGAAGUCCCGUCCUCAACUGCUCAGGGAUUUCUCUAUGAGUUCUUGGAGAUGAACUUAUUCCACAUCCUCUGACACAUGGCCAGCCCUCUCUCCAUCAGCUGUGAUGGCUGUGAGCUAUAUCUAUGGUAAAGUCACGGUUUCUAGGACAUAUAACUACAACUCACAGACAAACACCUCAUAGAAGUCAUAUGAUUGCCCAGCGUGCCAUAUAAAAACUGGAGAUUUGAGGGCAAAAGGACUGUAUUUAAGUUUAGUUAAGGGGCGGCAGGUAGCCUAGUGGUUAGAGCGUUGGGUGGAUCGAAUCUCCGAGCUGACAAGGUAAAAAUCUGUCAUUCUGUCUCUGAACAAGGCAGUUAACCCACUGUUCCUAGGCCAUCAUUGAAAAUAAGAAUUAGUCCUCAACUUACUUGCCUAGUUAAAUAAAAAGUUGGUUUCCUUCAUUUGACUGUUUCAGACAGCCAUUAAAUAUGGAUUGAAUGCGA